GUUGUCUGGUGUUAUUAAAAUGAAUGGUUUAAAUUAAGUGAUUAAAAUGGUUGAUAGAAACGAAAAAUUUCUUAGUGAGCUAUUAAAAUAUCCUGGAAACAAUGUCUGCGUCGAUUGUGGUGCUAGAAAUCCAGAAUGGGCAUCUUACAACAUCGGCAUCUUCAUCUGUACAAGGUGUUCAGGGGUUCACAGAAGUAUGGGAGUACACAUCAGCAAGGUCAAACAUCUGAAACUGGACAGAUGGGAGGAUUCUCAGGUGGAAAGAAUGACAGAAGUGGGAAACACCAAAGCUAAGUUGAAAUAUGAAGAAAGAGUACCACCAUGUUAUAGGAGACCGAAGGAGGAUGAUCCACAGGUGUUGAUUGAACAAUGGAUCAGAGCAAAAUAUCAAAGAGAAGAAUUUUGUCACCCUGAAAGGCAGGUUUACACUAGUGGCAACAUGCAGGGUUUCCUUAUGAAAAGGGGUAAAGAGGACAGCAAAUACCAAGCCAGGAAAUUUGUGUUAUCUGAGGCUGAUGAUACUCUGAAAUAUUUUGUUAGAGAAAACAAAGAACCGAAGGCCAUACUUCGGAUAUCAGAAUUAAAUGUGGUGUUUGCACCCGAGAAAAUAGGAUACCCAAACUCUAUGCAGCUGACCUUUUUGAAAGAUGGUACUACUCGGCACAUAUAUGUCUACCAUGAUGAUGCAGAAGUAAUAUCAAAUUGGUACAUGGCUGUCAGGUGUGCCAAGCUUCACAGAUUGCAAGUAGCCUAUCCUUCAGCCAGCGAGUGUGACCUGGUUAAUUACCUUACUGAAGAUUUUGCCAAAGAGGGCUGGUUGUGGAAAACUGGCCCAAGGACCUCAGAUGGAUUUAAAAAGCGGUGGUUUACACUUGAUAACAGGAAGUUGAUGUACCAUGAUGAACCUAUGGAUGCCUAUCCCAAGGGAGAAAUAUUUUUAGGACACACUCUAGAUGGAUAUGGCAUUCGAAUAGGAGUUUCACAUGGAGUUAAAGACCAGGGCUUUAGCUUUUCUCUAACAACUCCAGAUCGGGUCUAUAAUCUUUCUGCGAGUACAGAACAUGAUAGAGACCACUGGAUUGAAGUUAUCCAAAGAGUGCUGGAAAGACCACUGACCCCUCAAGACUCUGCAAUAUCCGGGCGGCUAAUAAGGAAGAGAGCAAACACCAACUCGAUCAACAUAUUUUCCCAAAGGUAGUUAAGAUGAAAAAAACGAACAAUUGAUGUUUCUAUCGACCUAGUCUUAUAGUUAUACUUAUCGAUAACCGCGUAUAUCAAGUAAUAUACAACCAUCUCCUAAAUACUCAUAAUAGAAG